GUUUGUAAGAAAAUUAUCUACAAUGAAGUUUGUGUUUUGAGAAAGAAAAAUCGUAUUUUUAUUUAUUUUAAUAACUUGUUCAUCUGAAAAUAUUAAUAUAUUAUCCAUAAGUUAUGUAUAAAUCAUCAUAAUCAAUUUAUUUCACCAUAAACAAAAAGCUUCUUUGUGAUAAAUCCUAAAAAGAAAGAAAAGCAAAAGUUCGAGACUGAUUUCAAUUGUUCGGAGAUUAAAAAUAUCAAGUUUCUUAAACAGUAAUAUUAAUUCAUUAAACAUGAAAUGUAUUGAAGCAAAAAUAGUGGUUCUUGGUGCUCAAGCCGUUGGCAAGACAAGCAUCGUCGCGAAAUACAUCGCAAAUAUUUACUCGAAAGAAAUUGGACCGACAAUUGGCGCUUCCUUCUUCACAUGUAAAAUAACUUUGAAUAAGACAAAAGUUAAAAUGCAACUAUGGGAUACAGCUGGCCAAGAACGUUUUAAAGCAAUGGCUCCAAUGUAUUAUCGUAAUGCAAACGCCGCUCUUUUAGUUUAUGACAUCACAAACCAUUCAAGUUUUGAGGAAGUGAAAUCUUGGGUUCUCGAACUACAAAAAAAUGUCCAAGAACCAAUGUUUUUGUUACUAGUCGGAAAUAAAACUGAUCUUGAAUCACAAAGAGCUGUAAGUCGAGAAGAAGCUUUCAUAUACUCACAAUCAAUUGGAGCAAAGUAUCUCGAGACAUCAGUUGUUAAAGAUCAAGGAAUCGAAGAAGUCUUUAUCAGUAUCGGCUUAGGAUUGAUAAACUUAUCAACAGAAAUAAGUUGUUCAUCGAUGAAACGUUACGAGUCAAAAGACUCGCUUUAUUCUUCAACACACUCAUCACUAAGUAAUCUUAGUGGCCAGUAUUAUGACGGAGUUCACAUGGCAAUUGACAUAUCAACACAUCCAAGCAUUGAAGCUAAUGGUGAAGGUCGCGUUGAGAUUGGACCUUGGUCACGGGAAGCAAUUGCUCACGCAGAUCCGCAAAGAAGUGGAUGAAUGAUUAAUUUAUCACUUUCUGGUCCGAAUUUAUCACCAAAAAAGUUAAUUCAAAGUGCUUUCUCAUCGCCUCUCAUUGGAUCGACCUGCUCGCAAGCAGCUGAAGAAUUAUGUUUAAAAAAUAAUUUAAAUUUUGUUUCUCUGAUUCAACCUUUUUCCAAGAUAUCGACUGAAGCUCAUUUUCGUGAUCCCAGUGGAGUUUCUGUAUCAAUUCGAGGCCUUAGUUUGAAUAUUUGUGAUGUUGAUUAUCGCCCACCACAAACACUUCUUGCUCGUAAAAUGCUUAACGAGUCAGUCUCAAUGAACACUGUCAAUGAUGAAAAGAUACAAAUUCCAUUGAUAAAUAAACCGUCAGUAGAAAUUCCAGCAACAAAUCCAUGGUUUGAAGAAUGGCGUGAAAUAUUUUUCAUGGUACAAUUUCCGUCUGAUCAUGAAUUCACACGUCAUUUGAUUGCUUGUCUCAUCGUCGUCGCAAGUUCAGAUCCAAGUCCCGUUGAACAAGCUCAACAACUGACGAAGAAAGUCAAAAUGAUGCAAAACAUUUCACCGCCAAAGCUUCCAAAGUGGAUUUCAGCUUCAUCUGAUGAAGCCUUGAAUUGUUAUCUCAUGUUACACGACGGUUCCACUGGUGACAUUUCAAAAGCACAACAGGGUUUCGAGAACUUGAAAGCAACUUUUGGAGAGAAUCGAUGUUUUCUCGUUCAAAUCAACUCACAAAGUGACCAAACAAACACAAAUCAAUUACCAGAUGUUUGGUCAAAGUUCGUCAAGAAUUAUCACAAAACUGAAUUCACUUCUGAAAACAACCCAGAAAGUGUUCCCAAAACACCACAAGACAUCACUCAAAUGCCAACGACUAUUCAGAUGUCACAACUUGGAACGAUGACGCCACCAAAUGCUUCUUCAAAUCAGUCUGGAUCUCCACCAGAAAUCAUCGUGAAUCAUCCACUAAGUCCACUCCAAGAGAAUUUACCAGACAUUUCACAGGUCUCAUCACAAGUCACAUUAACAAUGUCUUCAAGUACAAACAGUUUGAGUGAUCAGCCAACAAAUAUCAAUCCAAAUGUUUGGUUGAAUGAACCAACUGACGUAAAUGUUCCACAUGGUUCAUGGCUGACGACAAGUGAUUUGGACAAUCUACGACAUUUCGUUCAAGAUUUCACGAUACGUGCUUUGAUUCCUUAUGUGGAGAAGGUUGUUGGGCAACUUAAUGAGUCAUUAACAAAUAAGAAAAGUGUGAGUAAAAGUCUUCUCGGUGCAACAAAGCGAUGGUUCAACACAAACAAACCGGGACUGGCUCCAACAACUGCCGUCAUUUACACAGCGGAAUCAUCGGAAUUACAAACCAGAAAGCUCGGAGAUUUAUAUUUCAUGUUUCGAAAUUAUAAUCUUGCUUUUCAAGCUUAUCAUCAAGCGAAGCGUGACUUUUACUCCGACUCUGCUUGGUUGUUUUAUGCUGGUGCUUUGGAAAUGGCCGCACUUUCAGCUUUCAUGCAUGGCACAGCGAAUCGAAAGACAUACGAUUACAUGGAAGAAGCUAUAAUGACUUACCUCAAUGUUUGUAAACUUCCUCAAUUUGCAACACGAGCAACUUUACUCAGUGUUGAAUGUUUGAAAGCUGGAAAUCUUCAUUGUGAAGCUGCCAAGCAAUUAACAAGAAUGACAAGUGAAGAUGCUGAUUUAAGGUCUGCUUUGCUUUUGGAGCAAGCUGCUUAUUGUUACUUAACAGCUCAACCUUCAUUUUAUCGUAAAUAUGCAUUCCAUUCGGUUCUCUCAGGUCAUCGAUAUACAAAAGCUGGGCAACGAAAACAUGCAUUCCGAAUGUAUAAACAAGCUGAGCAAGUGAUAUCGAACAAAGGCUGGAAUCUUGCCGAAGAUCACAUACAGUAUACGAUUAGUAAGCAAGCGAUAAUGCUGAAGAAGCUUGAAGAAGCUGUUGAAUGUUUAUCGCAUUUAUUAAGGCCGACAAGUCUUCAAAGUGUUCAACAGCAAGCUGGAUUUCUGCGCGAAUACAUCGCAACACAAAAGACUUUAAUGGCGCAAACAACAAGCGAUGAAUUGCUGACAAUUGCACUUCCACAUUUAAAUCAAAAUUCAGUUAGAGUUCUGGUGACAUCAGUGUCGUCAACAAUGAAAGAUGAUAAUCUCAUUCCAGCAUCAAAUAUUGAUAUUAUGAGUGGCUUAACUGACACAUGGAUGUGGAAUAAACUUGAGGAUAUUGUGGCACAAACAGCAGCGAGAAAACCUUUCAUGGUCUUUAAACCACAACGAUCGCUUUAUUCGGGUGACUCACCAACAAAUGAACACCCACUUUGUGUCCUUGGUGAACCAAUUCACGUCGCUUUUGUGCUGGAAAAUCCAAUUAAACCGUCUAUCUUGUUUGAGAACAUCACAUUGUUAUGGGAAUUUAAGAAAGAUAGCGGAGAAUUAUUUUCGAAUCGUAAUUUCUUUACAAAUGGUGGUGAGUUUGAAACAUUCUCUUCUCCCUCAUUAUUAACUGAUAAAGAUAACAAAAUUCAUCAUCGUUCUUCAGAAUAUUCAGCAGAAGAAAGUGUGAUAGUUUGUACAGUGAUUGAUGCCGUUGAGUUUGGUGAAUAUGAGAAGAAGACAAUUCACAUGAAGAUAUCGUCAAAGUUUGUUGGAUAUUUGAGGAUUGUUGGCGUUGCCGGGAAAGUUUCUUCGAUUAUUGAUAAAGUUCGGAUAUGGGGAAAGUUAAACUUUGAGAAGAUUCCUAUUAAACUUGAAGCGAAUAAUCAAGUGAAAUCAGACUACGACCGAAAGCUUGAAAUUCAAAUUUUACCACCAACAUCAGCACUUCAAGUUCGUUUCUCGGAUGUGCCCAAAGAAGUUCUUGCUGGUGAAGUUUUUCCUGUUACAAUGGAAGUUAAUAACACUGGACUAAAUGACAUCAAUGACCUUUUCAUUGCUACAAAUAGUCCAAAAGAAAUGAUUUUAGAACCGAAGACAAUCGUUGACUUGCCGCUUUCGAUCGAGAAAGAUCUUCGCGACAUUUCACAAGAAACUUUCAACAAAGACAAAGAAUUUCGACGACAAUACGUGACGAAAAUUCUCGACAAUCAACAAAUUAAAGCUGGUGAGACGAGAAAAAUUUCAGCUUUCAUUCAAGCACCGCAUCGAAAAGGUCGAAAAUCUGUUAAGAUUCUGAUAUAUUACAAUGUACCCGACAACUAUCCAAAGAUCAAAUAUCGUCUCAUCCGUCACGAGAUAACAAUGAAUGUCAACGAUUGUCUAAGCAUUGAAGGGAAUUGUAAUAUCGCAAAUGAGAAGACGGGAGAAGUCGGGCUCGACAUUACGCUCAAGAAUAUCAAUCAAACACAUCACCUGUUUAGCAUUGACAUAUCGAUUGGUGAUUUGUAUUUGUUUUCCCGAAAAUUUUCACUAAACCAAAAGAAAAUUUACUACAUCAACAACCUGACGACGUCAACAUCAAUCAGCAAUUUCGAGCUUUCGCCCAACGAGUCAUUAAACAUUCGUUGCAUUUUAGACGAAAAGGAGAAAGAAGAAAUAAGAACAACUUUUUCUACCUUCUGGGACCGUCUAAAAGCAAAUUUGUCUUCGUUCUGCGUCAAAGCCAUCAACGAACUAACAUCCGAUGUUUUGAAAAUGAAUUUUGGAAGUAAUUUCCUUAUACGAAACGAAGCGAAAUAUUUUCCUUUCACCCAGCAAAACAUCACAAAUGAAGACAUGAGUAAAGUUAUCAAUGCGAAUAACAAGCACAUGGCACUUUGUAUUAAUUGGAAAGCUUCAGUAAGUGAUAACGGAAAAACUAUUCGAAUGGCAAUUGGACAACAUUUCGUUCAAAUUGAUCAGCUUUUUGAAUCAUAUUUCUGUCCAAUUCGACGUGACAUAUCUACAUUCAAUGUCAACACAGAAUCGUACGGCAUUUACGAGUAUCAAAAGUAUUUGGACAAGCACGCUCGCUUUACAAUGGACGAUGAUUGGGUGGAAAACAAAUCAACAAUGAGCUUUAGGUGCUUUCUGGAGAGCGAUGCUCAUUAAAUUAAAUAGAUUCUUGAAGUUUCUCUUCUUCAUUUUCAUCUCCUCCUUCUUAUUCUAUACUUCAACCUCAUUCAAAGCGGUUAAAAACUUUAUCAAAUAAACAAAAACGUAACGAGUUUCGAUUUAAGAAAAAAAAGAAUAAAAUAAUAAAAUAGAAGAAAAUUGUUUGUUCUUGCUCA